AGUUCAAUGUGUAACAUUACUACGGCGAGAUUAGUCGUUGGAAAAAUUUCAAGUGAUAAACAUGGAAUCCAACGGCGUAUUUAACUGGGCUAUCAGAGUAAAAACUGAGCCUUGCCAUGAGUCACUUUUGGAAAACAAUAGUAAUAUAAUUGACAAGACUCGAGAUGGGCAGGAUGUUCAAUUCUCAAGAUUUCUGCGAGAAAAUCCAAACCACGGGUUUCAAGAAUAUGACGGAAUGUCUGAACCUCGUGAAGACAUGGAAAUAGUUUUGGAAUGUCAAGAUCUGAAGCCGAGUUUUAAUUUAUUGGCAGUUCAGAAAAUCGAAGACUACUCGGAAAACUUGCACAAUACUAAAUAUACUCGAGAUUAUCCAAAUAAAAUUAAAAUAGAAAAUAUGGAUGGAGUGAAAAAAGAAUAUUUCGGUAACGUUUCGGAAGAAUCGAGUUUGAAUUUAAACUGCGAAUUUAGCGGGCAAAAUGAAAAAAAUAGAAUUACAACGGACCUCAACGACCAACAGAGAUCAAAAACCCACAUCAGUCCGAUGCAUAGUAGUUCUACCCACGCAUGUAAUGUUUGCGGAAAUAAAUUCUCAACUAAGGGUAAUCUCAAAACUCACAUCAAUGCAGUGCACUUAGGUGUCAAAGUUGCAUGCGAUGUAUGCGAAAAGACAUUCACACAAAAAAGUGAUCUCAAAAGACACAUAGAUUCGGUGCACAACGGAAUCACACAUGCAUGUGAUAUUUGCGGAAAAAAGUUUUCAACCAAGAGUAAUCUCAAAACCCACGUGAAUAUGAAGCACAUUGGUCUCACCCAAGCAUGUGAUGUCUGCGGAAAGAAAUUCUCAAACAAGUGUAAUCUCAAUACCCAUAUCGAUUCGGUACAUAAUGUGGUCAAAUAUGCAUGCUACAUUUGCGGAAAUAAAUUCUCAGCCAAGUGUAGUCUCAAAACUCAUAUAGAUUCGAUGCAUAGUGGUAUUACCCACACAUGUACUGUUUGCGGAAAGAUAUUUAAAUGGAAUAGUAAACUUCAAACUCAUAUCAAUGCAGAUCAUAAUGGUGUCAAACAUGCAUGUGGUAUUUGCGGAAAAUCAUUUUCACGAAAAGACCAUCUUAAAUCCCACAUCGAUUCGCUUCAUCGCAAAAUCACUCAUAAAUGUGAUAUUUGUGAAAAAAUUUUUUCAGGCCGAUCUUACCUCCGGAAACAUGUUAAUGUGCUACAUAGGGGUAUUGUGUAUGCACGUAAAACAUGUGAGACUUGCGGAAAGACGUUUAUGAAAAUGAAUAAUCUUAAAUUCCAUAUUGAUGCAGUACAUAUAGGUGUCACGCAUGAGUGUAACACAUGUGGAAAGAUAUUCAAAUACAAGAGAAGUCUCCGAAUCCAUAUUGAUUCGAAGCACAAUGAUGUCACGCAUACUUGUGAUGUGUGCGGAAAGAAAUUCACACAGAAGAGUCACCUCAAAAGACACAUACAUUCGGUACAUAAUGGUGUAACCCAUGCAUGUAAUAUAUGCGGAAAAAAAUUUGGACAAGAAAAAAAUCUUAAAGCCCAUGCAGUUAUGGCACACUUGCAUUCACGCAAUCUGCAUAAGUAAAUGUAUAAUACCUAUAUUUAUUUUUAAUUUCGUAAAAAAAUCUUACUCGAAGACUUAAUUUUAAAUAUGACAGAUACAAAUAACAAAUUUGUGCAUGCAACAAUUAUUAAUCGACGCAAUAUAAGUGACUCAAUAU